AUGUUAUCCCUUGAUACGGAUUCCAGGCAGCGUUCAAAAUCUCAAGGUUGUGGCAGAAAUCCAGUGCCCGGUGAAUCAGCUCCAUUACCUCCUUUAAAUGCAGAAGAAGUACGGCGAAAACGUUUAGAAAAGUUUUCCACUUCAACAAAAUCGAGUUCUGAUGUAACAUCGUCAUCACAAGCAACUGACAGUUCAACAACUGAUUCUCUUUUAAAUUCCACUCAACAGUUAUCAACUCAAUUAUCAAAUGAUCUGGCAACUUGUCGAAUUAAUUCAGUUGAUUCUCAAAAUGUUAAUAGUGCAUUAGCGGGAAAUGAUGAUCCCGUAUCCAUGGAUGUUACAAGUAAUGAUCAAAAUAAUAAUGAAACAGUAACAUCUGAAACUCAGUCGAAUUUCAUACCAUUAUUACAGUCCCAACAGUCAAAUACCGGAGAUAAAAGACAAAGAGAAGUAUCAUUAAAUUUGGAUAAAUCAGAUUCUUUUAUUUCUAACAGUGAUGCACAAUUAUUAUCAUCAGAAGAUGCAGGAAUUAUUAAAAAACGAAAAUCAGAGAUGCAAAUGAGUGAAGAACCCAUAUUAAAACGUAUUGUACGUGAACUCUUAUGUAUUAGUGAAGAAAAAUUAUCGGAUGCAUCAUUAUUUUCAUGGCUUAGAGAUUUAUUCUCAAAUACAAAUCGGAAUCCAAAGUCAACAUUGUCUGAUGUAUUUCUUCAUUUGAUGUCUGGUCAAUUAAAAGCGGAGUUAAAUUUAAUAAUACGCUAUGAUACUUAUUUUUCAAUUGAUAAACAUGAUUCUAUUCUAUGGUAUUUGACUCGUACAUAUUCACGUGUUGAUGAUAUACAAAGGACCAAUUCACAAGAAGAAACUGAACUUGUCAAUCAUUGUCGUUUAUUAUGUGUACGUUAUACAAUAUUAUAUCUUUUAGAAGGUUCAUUUUUAGAAUCAUGGAAUAAAACAUUAAAAUUACUUGAUAUAUUUCAAGAAUAUCCUGAAACUUUGCUCACACCUUUUAUGUCAGAAUUUAUUUACAUAUCUUCUUCCAAUGAACCAAAAAUGAUAAGUUGUGAACGUUUAAUUCGUGCAAUAUUAUAUCGUUUACGUCAACAGUGUUCAUUACCCGAACAAUAUACUCGUUUAUUACAUAUAUUUGUUAUAUUAUGUGAAUAUCGUUCAAUACAAAAUAAAAAUGAACGAAUUGUUUGUACAUAUUUAACAACAUUAAAUGAUUGGUUACCAAAAGUAGCAUUAACAGAUGGACGAACAUUACAACGAAUGUCAUUAUUAGGUCCCAUAUUUAGUAUAUCGUGUUUUGCAGAAGAUGAUAUUGAAUUAUUAGUAUCUCAAUUAACAAAUAUUGAUAGUGAAAGAGCAUCGGCCGGAGAAAAUGAUGAUGAUGAUGAUAAUAGUAUCAAUGUUUUAGAAAAACAUAUUUGUGCCACAGUACAAAGUCAAUUGAAUAAAGCACGAAUUUUAAUGCAUAAAAUUGUAUUAGCAUUCUUUUCCAAUGUACAAUCAAGAAGUGCAAUGUUAAACUAUUUACAAAAAUUUAUACAAUGUAAUUUAAAACGAAAUUUUAUUCAAUCUGAUGAAAGUCGAGUGAGUGGUGAUGGUUUUAUGCUAAAUUUAACAUUUGUUUUACAAUCAUUGGCGUUACCAAUUGAUGUACAAAAGGUUGAUAUUAAUUAUCCACAUUUUGCCGAUGAUAAGUUAUCUAUACCAAAAGAUCAAUCUCGUCUUCAUUGUUCAACAGAAGAAUAUCGAACAUUUUAUGAUGAAAUGCUUAAACCGCAAGAAGUAAAAUUUACGACAGAAUGUUUAUUUUUGGCAUUACAAUUGAGUCAUUUUGGUUUAAUAUCCAUCACUCGAAAACCACAACGACGAAAUAAUGCUAUUCGCGAAUUAACAUCAGCUAUUGAAAAUUUACAACAAACAGAAGAACAAUGGAAACGAUCACCACGAGCAGCACAACAGCAAAUAUAUUUGGAAAGAUUAAAAGUUGAAUUAAAGGUUUGUAAAUAG